GCUUCGUUUGCUACACUCAUUAAUGGUUGUGGUGUGUUUAUUUCUUCUCAUAUAAAUGAAUAAGUUUUGGUUUUUUUUAUUAAUGUCGCGGUGGAAUUAAACCUUUUACACAAUUUCUUUUAUAUUGUUGUUUUUUUAAUGAAAAAAGUAUAUUGUAUAUAUGAAAAUUUGCUGUUGUUUUUGGGGUUGUAUAACUAAAAUAAAUGUUGAAAAAAAGAAAAACGAAGAGGCGUUUUCAAAACGAAGUUUUUGAAGAGUAAAAAAAGAAAUUAUUAUAAAGUGAAAAAGUUCUUAAAUGUGAAGGAAAAUCAAUUGCAAUAAGUUAAACAAAUUAUAAAAAGAAAAAUUUUUUUCGUUUAAAAUCGUUAUAAAUCGUUUUUAACCCAAAAUCAAAAAAAAAAGUAUCAAGAAAUAAAUAUAUGAAGAAAGAAAACGCAAAAACCGGCCUUAAAUAGUAUCUAGAUACGAAAAAUAAAAGAUGAAAUAAAACACAAAAACAACACAACAUUUUGUUGUUGUUUUUCUUUUAAUUUUAUUUUGUUGUGUUAACAUCGCUUAUUCGUCGUGCGGUUCGGUUCGUAAAAGCAGACAAAAUAUAAAAAUUCUUUGCCGGUCAUAGUCAUUUGUACGCUUUGCCGCCAUAUACCGUCCGAAAAAACACGUCGCCAACACACUAAAUCCAAAAUCUUUAAUAAAAAGUGUAAAAGAAAAUCUAAUGCAUUCUUUAAAUUGGUUUAAAGAAUAGCAGAAUAAAAAGAUUUCUUACAAAGUUUUUAAGUAAUUUUUAUGAAAAUAAUCUUGAAGUUUUAACAAAUGAAAAUUUAAAGAAAAAGAGAGAGAAAACAAAUCUAAACCGACAACUUAAGCAAAGAAAACAACAACAAAAAAGAUGAAAUAAAUUAAAAAAGCACCUUCUCCAAAAUAAUAUACACAAGAAAAGAAACUAUUUAUUAAAAAAAAAACAAAACAACAACAAAUCAUCAGCUAACAGUAUAAUGUGUCAUUAUAACAUAUUUGAUAACACCAAACUACUAAGAGCACUACAAACAGCAACAACAAACGUAACAGUUUUAAAGAGAUAAUGUUAAGUAUUAACAUAAACUGAAUGAAUGAAUGCAUCACACUCAAUAAAAUAAAUAAAAGAGGCUGCUGCUAUUGAAUAAAAACAAACAAACAAAAAAAAUACCAACAACAAGUGAGAGCCAGUCAAAACGCCAGAGAAAGAACGAGAAGGAGAGAGAUAGAUUGAGAAAAAGUUAAAUCUCAUUUAAAAUAUAGAAAUCCUUUGCAAAUCAUCUGUGAUAUAUCUUCCAAUUAUCUGCUACACUUAAACAAAUAACAAAAACAAAAAACUUUACUUAAAUUAUUUUAAAAUCUUUGAGAGUGACUACCACAAUACAAAAAAAAACACACACAUACAAAAAUUAUUAUAUAUUUCUCUCUACCACCGAUUUUUUAUUUUCUAAGUUUAUAUAAAAAAACAAAUAUUUAGUUUGUUUUUAUUUUAACAACAACAGCUUAACACAAGUAGAAAAGUUAAAUUUUGUGCUCUUUGGUAACUGACGCAUCAUCAAUUUAUAAAACACAAAAACUCAUUUUGAAAUAAAAAUAUAAAAACAAAACAAAAAGAAAUUGGAGAAAAAGACGUAGAUUUUGUUAGCAGGCCACUGUUAACUUCACACUCACACCGUGUAGACACUUUAGAGUUACCCACUUUAUGCCUCUACUCGUCAAGACAGCCACAGCGCCAAGCAACCUCCAACUAUAUUCUCGUUAACGCCGCCACAUUAUAAUACGUGCUGUUAAAAGCGUAGUAGUGUCUACUAAAAAUUGAAAAACUGGCUGACACGACAAUUCAAUUCUACUUUAAAAACCAGAACCAGAAAAAUCCCUUUGAAAACUACAUAUAUUUUAAAGAAAACAACAAUGGCGGCAUAGACUUUCCUCACAAAUUGAACGUUUGUUUCUACACAGAGAAAAGAUGGAAUCCGUAGGUGCUAAUUUUAGAAAUUAGAAAACAUUAAAUAAAUAUUUAAAUAAAUUCAACAAAGUACAACAAUUGCAACAUUUAAGCAAAUCCAAAUAAAAAAGAAUUUUUAAGGAACUGAGCAGCAACUUCCUUAAGCUCACAAAAGCUAAAAAUAGAAACAGCUAAAAGCAAAAAAGAAAGCACUCGAGAAAAGCAGCUGAAAACUUAAAAAAGGUUAAUUCGUUAUUCAUGGAAAAGAGUAAAAAAUUUAAUUUUUAUUGGAAAUGCUAAAAUUGUAACAACCACACUUUGAAAAAGCGUUGUCUCCAUUUUAUCUUUCUAAUACACCUCCAUACAAAACUAAAAGAAAAAUUAAAUCACUCCAAUUUUAUUAGUUAAAAGAAAAUAUUUUAAGUAAAACCCACAAAAGAAAUAGUUUCAAAAACUAAAUAAAAAAAUAAAAUUUAAAUAUAAUGUUAGAAUUUUAAGAAAUCAGCAAAUAUUAAGAAAGCAAGAAAAAGAAUCAAGCCUAUUAAGCACAAAGUCGAAAUAUAAGAACAAUUAUUUUUGUUUAAAAAAGCAAACAAAAACAUAAAACAAAACUAACAAAUUAAAGUCAACGAAGUAAAGGCCAGUCGCAUAGCAAUAAAGAACCUCCAGCAGAAGACAGACAGAAAAGCAAAAAACAAAAAAACAAAAACGACAAAAGAAAAUUUAAAACGUUUCAGACGUUUAAAAUUGUACAAUGUCAAAAUAUUUCAUUAAUACAACAACAAAUGCCAAUGCUGUAGCCACAAGUAAUGUUUAUCAAGUCAAUCAAAAUGUGGGUACAACAACAACAUCAAACACCUCCUCUGUCUCUGCUGCAGGAAACUCCAGUGCUAUACGAAAAUUAUUUUGUGAAAAGAACACUUCUUCAGCAUCGGCUUCAACAAGAGGUUCAUCGUCGUCUAGUGCUAAAACAACAAGAAUUUUUAUGACAACAAAUCAAACGCAUCAUCAGUUGCAGCAACAAAAUGCGUCCAAUAACAACAACAACAUGGCUACACAUUUGUUAGAUCAUGGUUAUGGUGUUACCCUAACCCCGCCAACAGUAGCGACCAAUGUAGUGGUGGGUCAACAACAACAAACGACCUUAACCAACUCAUCCUCCGCCUCCUCUGCACCAACAUCGGGAACAGUUGCUGUUUCUGUUACUUCAAAUACAAUACCUGCCUCGCAACAACCACAACAACAACAAAAAUUCAAGCCUACCGAUAUGACACAAUAUUACAAGGUAAAACGGCGUAUACCUAUGAAUGAUAGUCAUCCGAAGAAACAGGCCAAACAAAGUCUACAACAUCAGACCCCUUAUCAACAGCAGCAACAACAACCACAACAGCAACAUAAUGUUAUUAUACGUUCAAACACUAACAAACAGCAAACACCUCAGAUUCAUCAUCAACAGCAGCAACAACAACAGCAACUUUCAUUAAAUUUUGCCACGCCAUCACCACAACCACCCAGACCACCAUCAUCUGCUUCCUCGACAUCAUCGUCAUCGGCCUUAAUGGCACCAAAUUUUCUCUAUAAAAUCGGUACAGCCUCUUCCAAUAGUCACGGUGUUAAUAAUACUGGCUCUUCUGCCAAACGCACACCUGAAGGUAAUCGUGCCGACACCUCGUUGGGUAUAUUAACGAAAAAAUUCGUAGAUCUUUUACAAGAAUCACCCGAUGGUGUGGUCGAUUUAAAUGAUGCCUCAACCAAAUUGGCCGUACAAAAACGUCGUAUUUACGAUAUCACCAAUGUACUAGAGGGUAUUGGUAUACUGGAGAAGAAAUCGAAAAACAAUAUACAAUGGAAAUGUGGCAAUUCGCUGUUGACAUCGGAACGCUCGAAUGAUAUUAAAUUGGAGAAUGAACGUCUCGAACAGAAGGAGAAUGAACUGAAUAUGUUGAUUGAUGAAAUACGUAAUGAAUUGCAUGGCGAAAUUUCGCGUAAUGAUCAAUUGGCAUAUGUGACGCACAGCGAUCUAUUGAAUGUCGAUCUGUUUAAGGAUCAAAUUAUUAUAGUUAUUAAAGCACCACCAGAAGCAAAACUUGUGUUACCUGAUUCUCUUAAUCCUCGUGAGAUACAUGUUAAGGCGGAAAAUAAUGGUGAAAUCAAUGUAUUCCUUUGUCAUGAUAACUCACCGGAAAAUUCACCCAAUUUCGGUUCCUCCUCUUUGGCUCAACGUCAUGCGGCUGCAGCAUUGCAACAACGUCAUCAUGAUGCCUUGAUUACUGAUAUGGAGGACGAAAAACGUCAUAGAUUAGGCUUACCAGCUGUAACAGCACAACCUUUAGCAUCUACAUAUCCGGCGGCAGCCACCAACUUGGUACCACGUUCGGCUCAACGUAAUCUUAGCAAGUCAAUAGAAGCAGCAGCUCAACAAGAGGCUGCAUCGCUUAUCGAAGUUAACUACCCAACUCAGGACCAACAACAACAGCAGCAGCAACAUCAUCAUCUGCAGCAGCAUGAACAGUCAAAUUCUUCUUCAUUAUUAAAUGAAGAUGAUUUUAAUAUGUUCCCCUCCAUAACAAGGCCGGUUAUAACACAGGUAUUAGGCGAACAGCAUCAACAAAGGACACAACAAAUGCAAAAUUCCCAGGAACAAAAGUUAACAGCCGAGGAGGAGGAUGCUUUGGCUUCCUAUCAAAGUUUAAUUGUUUGUUCCAAUCAACAACAACAACAGCAGCAACGUCGUCAUACCGCUGAAAGUAAUCCAGAUAGUAAUGAUUCUAAUCAAACCCUUACGCUUACUAGUUGUAGUAGCACAACGAAUAGGAGCCUGUUGUCGUCAUCGAAAAAAACUGGUUUACGAAAAGAUGUUACUUUGGUGAAUUGUGCAAUGGAACAGCAACAGCAGCAAAAAAGUUUAUUAACUGGCAGUACAACAUCCUCUUCGGCAUCGUCGUCAACGUCUUCGUCACAAGUUCCAUCGAAUAAUUCCUCAUCGGCCACUUCGCCACAGCAUCAGCAACAGCAGCAAGACAAUUCCACAACACAUUUGAAUUAUGAAACUUUGACACAUAAUAAUCAACAACAAUUGCAAACAACAACCACCGCAGGCGGUCAACAUCAACAACAAUUGCAACAGUACCAUCAUCACCAGGAUCAGCAUCAGCAAUUGCAGCAACAUCUCGAUAAUAGUAUCGUUGUUGGUAAUUCUUCUUCAUCGCAUAAUGAUGAUCAUCUUGCACACAUGCAUGUUUCAAAUUCGAAUUGUAGUUCAGGCGUCCGGAACGCUUUAAUUUCGGAUAGUGUCAACCUUAGUCCCACAACCUAUAACUAUUUUGAAGACUUGCCGCCUUUGUUGCCCAUUGAACCGCCAUUGGAUGGUUUAUAUAAUUUCUCUUUAGAUCAGUCAGAGGGUCUUAAUGAUCUAUUCCAUGAUUUUGUAUAAACAAACACCCGCCCUCUUGUCCCAACUAAAACACAUCUAUUCAACUCCCCUACUCUCCCCUCCCCCUUGGAAAGUUAAUCCAACCAAAUUUGUUGUUUCUUUUAUUUUUAAAUAUAAUUUUUUUUAUUAUAAUUUUAAAUUAUAAAAGAAAUUCAAUAUAAAUAUAUAUAUUUUUUUCAUAUUUUUAAAAUUAAAACAAACAAAAAACUAGUAUGUAAUAGUUAAAAAUUAAAAACACACACAAAUAUAUAACUACAUAUAUAGUCUGAAGCGAAAAGAAAAAAAACAAUGAAAAAAAGCAAAUAAAUUAUAAAAUUAAUUUAUAAUACAGAAAGUAAAGAAAAAUUAAUUUAGUCAUACAAAAAAAAAAAACAAGUUUGUAAAUUCUAAAAUCAGGUUUUCAAUUUACAUAAAUAAAUCUAUUUAAAUAGAAUAUUUGUAAUUUAUAUUAAAACUCUCACCUACACAAAUAAAACCAACCACAAUAUCAGUGUAAAAUUUUCC